UCCGCUCCCCAUUUCCUCCUUCCUCCCAACCCAUCAUCCAUUGCGAGAGAGAGAGAGAGAGAGAGAGAGAGAAUUCAGAAAUUCUUCGGUAUGCGGAAGCGAGGGAUUCCAUCCUUCGGGACUCUGUGAUUCUUCGUUGAUUUGAGCUUCUGAUUUGGAAUUUUUCUGCAAUUGGGGUUCGAUUCGGCAAUUUUGGGCGUCGCUGGAGAUGGAGAGACCGGUUUUGACGUCGCCGUCUGGGGCGUUUGUGAGAUGGGAGGAGGUGAACGUGUCGAACGACAAGGGCAGGAGGGAGGUCCAUUACUAUUUGAAGAGGAAGGACGGGAGUUCAGAUCUGGCUGUUGUGGGGAAGGAGAGGAGUCCGAGGCAUAUGUCCUAUCACUAUGCCAUUCGCGAUCGAUCACUGCUUUCUCUUUCGCAUUCUUCUUCUGUUUUGAAGCUGAAGUCUCGCAGGGAGGUCGUUGAUUGGUUGAAUUCUGUUGUCCCAGAUUCUACACCUUAUGGGUUGAACCGCCCAAGCAGUAAUACCUCAGUUGGUACAGAUAGUUCUGAAUUGGAUAUUACAAGUUUCAAGGAUGUUCAAUUACGGAAGUUGGGCCAUCAUACCAAAGAGUUUUUAUGGUUGGGCUCCUCAUGGAGUUGCAGGAAAAGGCGGAAGCAUUAUGAGUCAUUUCGCAGGAAUGGGGUUAAAAUAUCUGUUCAUGAUUUUGUAUAUGUUUUAGCCGAAGAAGGUAAACGACUUGUUGCUUACCUAGAAGAUAUGUACGAGGAUUCUAGAGGCAACAAGAUGGUUAUGGUACGAUGGUUUCACAAAAUUGAUGAGGUUGGUAUCGUUUUGCCUCACAAUUUUAAUGACAGAGAGAUUUUCUUUUCUCUUUGUCUUCAAGAUCUCAGUGUCGAAUGCAUAGAUGGACUGGCAACGGUUCUCAAUCCCCAGCACUUUGAGAAAUUUCUAAAUGAGGCUACCUGUACUCAGUUGGAACCAUUUGUGUGCCACAGGCAGUUUGACAAUGAUGACGUCAAGCCCUUUGACAUAACCCGAGUUAAAGGUUACUGGAAACAGGAAAUCCUCAGAUUCAUGCACCCAUCUUCCCCAUCAAGUGUUCACGUAAAAUCUCAGCCAGCCAAUGAUGGUAUGAAACUCGAAGGAAAUGCUAGUAAUACUUCUGGGAUCAGACCCAGAAAGAGGUAUCGCCCAUCAACUGAUGAUGAUGUGCGUUUGCCCUACAGUGGCCAAAAAGAGUCCGUUGAUGCAGCUUGUAUGGAUUUGAAAAAUGUUGGCAAGGCAUCUUCUUCGUCUCCUAAAGAAACAGUCAAACAAAUGCCGCCUCAGUAUUUAGCAGUUGGUUCCCAAGUUGAAGUGCUCUGCCAGGACAGUGGUAUUAGAGGUUGUUGGUUUAGGGCUUUGAUCAUCAAGAAAAGCAAAGAUAAGGUGAAGGUUCGGUAUCAAGAUUUACAAGAUGCAGAUGAUGAAGACAAAAAUCUAGAGGAAUGGUUGUUGGCAUCCCGGAUUGCAGCUCCUGAUGAACUAGGUCUUAGGAUCUCUGGAAGGAAGACAAUUCGGCCUGCCCCUCAGUCCAAUAGAGGGAAAGUCUCAUGGGUUAUUGAUGUUGGGAGUAUUGUGGAUGCAUGGCAGCAUGAUGGAUGGUGGGAAGGCAUUGUAGUUCAGAAAGAUUCUGAAUAUAAGUUUCAUGUUUUUUUGCCAGGAGAGAAGAAAAAAUCAGUACUUAGUUAUGGUGACUUGAGACAUUCUCAAGAGUGGGUGGGAAACAGGUGGGAACACUUGAGGGAAAGGCUGGAUCUUGUGAAUUUAAUAUUGUGCCGCUUAGAAACAAGGCAGGUUGGUGGUGAAUCCUCAAAUAGCAAACAAGCUGAAGCUGGCGAUAAGAGACCACUUCCAACUAAUGCUCAUAAAGGCAAAUUGUUAAUGAAAGAUGAAGCUGUGCGUAGCAGUUCUGUAUCCAACAAUGCAGAUGAUGCAGGUAGAAAACCAGCCGUUCCAGAUCUGUUGAAGGAUGAGUUGCGCCUCCAGCUGAAAUGGGAGUCGACAAGGAAGAGAAGACGCAGCAGUGGGAGCUCUGUUGAGAAGCAGCCACGUAGCAGUGUCAAGAGCAGAGAGAUGAAGCCAGAAGCGCGGAGACCACGUAUGUGCGAAGGUUUUAUGAUUCCCGUAUUGAUGAAAGUUGAUCACGAGAACUGCAAAUACAUAGGGGAUUCCCCGUUUAGCUCCUCAGUGGUGCAGCCUCUAACAAGCCUGGUUAUGUCUCGGUGACAGGUCGCGAGCACUGGAAUACUAAUCUGCUGAAGAGGUAAAAAAUUUGUCCAUUCUUUUGUGUUAGGUCCUUGUAUCUCUCUCUCUUAGGCAUCUGCUUGAUGCCGCCACCUUUUUAUGAUUUGUUUUCGAGCCCAUAGGAUUAGAUAUGCUUAGGAUGCGGGGGAAUGUAUUUGUAUGAGAUGGCCAUUGUUUGAAAUUGCUUUUUCUGCCUCUCUUAUGUUUGUUUGGGUCCUGAGAUCAUGAUGGGGGCAGCGGUUUUGUGUGCUGUUGAAUUUUAACUCAGGACCUCUAAUUUUCGCUGCAUAAAUUGUACUAGUCUUCCUCCGGAAGCAUUUUGGAUUUAUGGGUGGUUGCAAUCUGUAAAUAAUCAAUGGUAAUGAACAAAUAAAAAUUGAAUUAGCGUCUCAAAAAAAGAAGAAGAGACUAAUUGUGGUUGUUA